AUGAGUGCUUUUUUUAAACUUGAGGAGUUCGUCGAAGAGUUGCAAAUUGACAUUGACAAAAACUUGGAGCCUGAGCUUGAUCCUCGUCAAUGUUGUAUUUAUAGGGUUCCUAAAGAUCUUCACAGAAUAAAUGAAGGAGCCUACACUCCUCAAUUAGUUUCAAUAGGUCCUCUUCACCAUUGGAAAGACGAAUUAGUUGACAUGGAAAAGACAAAAAGAAAAUAUAUGAAAAGUUUUCUUGAACGAAUAACAGUACAAAACCGAGAUAAAAUUAUAAACUUCAUCAAGGAUAAUGAGAAAGAUGUUCGUAAUUGUUAUGCAGAGACAUCUAAACUUGGGAGCAAUGAGUAUGUAAUGAUGAUUCUAUAUGAUGCUAUCUUUAUCAUAGAGUUAUUAUUAAGGUAUGAAUUCAAUUUACGUGGAAGAGAUAUUUUACUAUCCACAUCAAUGGUAAGAUCAUCUUUAUGUAUGGACUUACAAUUACUCGAAAAUCAACUUCCAUACUUUGUCCUCGAGGAAAUAUGUAAGUUAGCUUUUGCUGGCCUUAACAUACCUACCUUCAUGGAACUUUCACGUUCUUUUUUUGGUUCUUUUCAAGGUUUGGAAUUGAGUAGAUUAACCCCCCACGUGGCAGUUAAACAUUUAACCGAUUGGAGAAGAACUACUAUACUGGAAAACUACCAAAAAUCUAAGCAAAUCAAUGGAUGGAUUCAUGAUUUACCUUGCGCAGUGAAGUUGCAUGAGUUAGGAGUGAAGUUUAAGUGUUUUGAAGGAGAACACAGCUUAAUUGACAUAAGAUUGGAAAAACAAAAGCAACGAAUCCCAUGUUUUGAAGUACCUGAGAUGCAAAUACCACAUUUAAAAAUAUUCGACAACACUGAAAGUCUACUUAGAAACAUUAUGGCUUUAGAGCAGUGUCAUUAUCCAUGGGAUACUCAGGUUUGCAAUUACGUUAGGCUAAUAGAUCAUCUUAUUGAUACUGAAAAGGAUGUGGACUUGCUUGUUGGAUAUGGAAUUAUUUCCAAUAAUAUGGGCGACAAUGCUUCAGUAGCAAAUAUGUUUAACAAACUUGGCCAAUUUAUCAAUGUAAGCAAAUCCCUUUACUAUGACAUUUGUGAGGAACUCAAGGGACACUGUAACAAUCCAUGGAACAAAACAAAAGCAACCUUGAAAAGAGUAUAUUUCAACAAUCUUUGGAGAGGCACAGCAACUAUUGUAGCAGUUUUACUCUUACUGCUCACUAUCAUACAAACCUUAUGUUCUAUUUUGCAAGUUGUGUUUACGUAA